CUUCUGUACAAUUCGACGCGAGGAUGAAGAUUAACAUCGCGAACCCGGCGACCGGCGCCCAGAAGCUGCUCGAUGUUGAGGACGACCUCAAGGUCCGCCACUUCAUGGACAAGCGGAUCUCGGCUGAGGUUGCCGCCGACCCGCUCGGUGAGGAGUUUGCCGGCUACGUGUUCAAGAUCACUGGCGGUAACGACAAGCAGGGCUUCCCGAUGAAGCAGGGUGUCCUCCUCCCGCACCGCACCCGCAUCCUUCUCUCCAAGGGUGACUCGUGCUACCGCAGCAAGCGCUCCGGCGAGCGCAAGCGCAAGUCGGUCCGCGGCUGCAUCGUCCAGCAGGACCUCUCGGUCAUCAACGUGGUCAUCGUCAAGCGCGGCCCGGCUGACCUGCCCGGCCUUACCGACGUCUCGCACCCGCGCCGCCUUGGCCCGAAGCGUGUCACCAAGAUCCGCAAGCUCUUCGACCUCGACGAGGAUGAUGAUGUCCGCAAGUUUGUCGUCCGCCGCGCCAUCGAGAAGAACGGCAAGACCUUCUACAAGUCGCCGAAGAUCCAGCGUCUUGUCACGCCCCGCCGUCUGGAGCGCAAGCGCCGCCGCCUCAAUGAGAAGAAGCAGAUCAUCGCCAAGAAGGUCGCCGAGGCCCAGGCUUACGCUGAUCUCCUUGCCGAGCGCGCCUCGAAGCGCAAGGCCGAGCGUGCCGCGCAGCUCGCCAAGAAGAAGAAGGGUGGCAAGUAAGCGAACUCCGUAAACAAACAAAGAAACAA